CGGGAGGGAAGCCCGGCUGGGCUGCGGCCUCAGGUAACGGGCCGCGAGGCCCUGCGGGCCAGGCGGGGAGGAGGGUCGGGCGGGCAGCGGACGGCCGGGGAGUUCUGGGCUCGGUUCAGGCCCGGCAGCGCCUGGCUCUGCCGAAAUUGGGGGCCGAGAGGAAAAGCUGCGACCGAGGCACGGGGCCUGGCGCGCUCCUCCCGGCCAGCCCGAAGUUGGGAAACUUUUCCCCAAGUUUGGGGCGGCGGAGUUCCCGUGGAGAAGGGGCCGAGGGGAGCUGCGGAGGGAGGCGCCGGGCCGGCGAAUGCAGAGAGGAGGCCGAGGCCAGGGCCGGGACGCGGGUGGGGCGCAGCCAGGGUCAGGGCCGCAGCCGGCUGUGCGCCGUGCCCGCCCGGGGCGCUGCCCCCUCCCUCCCCUGGGAGCUGCGUGGCUCCCCCCUCCCCCCCACCUGCUUCCUGCCUCAGCCUCCUGCCCCGAUAUAACGCCCUCCCCGCGCCGGGCCGGCCUUCGUGCUCUGCCCGCCACGGCAGCCGCUGCCUCCGCUCCCCGCGCGCCGGCCGCCGCCCGGGGCCCAACGGAGAGGGCCUGACAGCCCCCGGCCAGGGCGGCGCCACGACGGGCACCGCGCUCCCCUCCUACGGACCACUUCCCCCAACUGGGGCAACUUCUCCCGAGGCGGGAGGCCCUUUUUUACGCGGCUCCCUUAUAUCCCACUUGGGCAAACUUCUCGGCCUUGAAUGACUUUUCCUGAAGCGGACAUUUUCCUCAAAUCUGGAGAUUGUGCUGGGCAGACGAUGCUGGACACGAUGGAGGCUCCCGGCCACUCGAGGCAGCUGCUGCUGCAGCUCAACAACCAGCGCACCAAGGGCUUCUUGUGCGACGUGAUCAUCGUGGUGCAGAACGCCCUCUUCCGCGCGCACAAGAAUGUGCUGGCGGCCAGCAGCGCCUACCUCAAGUCCCUGGUGGUGCAUGACAACCUGCUCAACCUGGAUCAUGACAUGGUGAGCCCGGCCGUGUUCCGCCUGGUGCUGGACUUCAUCUACACCGGCCGUCUGGCUGACGGCGCAGAGGCCGCGGCGGCGGCGGCGGUGGCUCCGGGGGCCGAGCCGAGCCUGGGCGCCGUGCUGGCCGCCGCCAGCUACCUGCAAAUCCCCGACCUCGUGGCGCUGUGCAAGAAGCGCCUCAAGCGCCAUGGCAAGUACUGCCACCUGCGGGGCGGCGGCGGCGGCGGCGGCGGCUACGCGCCCUACGGGAGGCCGGGCCGGGGCCUGCGGGCCGCCACGCCCGUCAUCCAGACCUGCUACUCGUCCCCGGCCGGGCCUCCGCCGCCGCCCACCGCCGAGCCGCCGUCGGGCCCCGAGGCCGCGGUGAACACGCACUGCGCCGAGCUGUACGCCUCGGGCCCUGGCCCGGCCGCCGCGCUGUGCGCCCCCGAGCGCCGCUGCUCCCCGCUCUGUGGCCUGGACCUGUCCAAGAAAAGCCCGCCGGGCUCCGCGCCCCCCGAGCGGCCGCCGGGCGAGCGCGAACUGCCCCCGCGCCCAGACAGCCCUCCCAGCGCCGGCCCCGCAGCCUACAAGGAGCCGCCGCUCGCCCUUCCACCGCUGCCGCCGCUGCCCUUCCAGAAGCUGGAGGAGGCCGGACCGCCUCCGGACCCGUUCCGCGGCAGUGGCAGCCCGGGACCCGAGCCCCCCGGCCGCCCCGACGGGCCCAGCCUCCUCUAUCGCUGGAUGAAGCACGAGCCAGGCCUGGGCAGCUACGGCGACGACCUGGGCCGCGAGCGCGGCUCCCCCAGCGAGCGUUGCGAGGAGCGCGGCGGGGACCCGGCCGCCUCGCCCGGGGGGCCCCCGCUCGGCCUGGCGCCGCCGCCGCGCUACCCCGGCAGCCUGGACGGGCCUGGCGCGGGCGGCGACGGCGACGACUACAAGAGCAGCAGCGAGGAGACGGGCAGCAGCGAGGACCCGAGCCCGCCCGCGGGCCACCUCGAGGGCUACCCGUGCCCGCACCUGGCCUACGGCGAGCCCGAGAGCUUCGGUGACAACCUGUACGUGUGCAUCCCUUGCGGAAAGGGCUUCCCCAGCUCGGAGCAGCUGAACGCGCACGUGGAGGCGCACGUGGAGGAGGAGGAGGCGGCGCUGUACGGCAGGGCCGAGGCGGCCGAGGUGGCUGCGGGGGCCGCCGGCCUCGGGCCCCCUUUUGGAGGCAGUGGGGACAAAGUCGCGGGGGCUCCGGGGGGCUUGGGUGAGCUGCUGCGGCCGUACCGCUGCGCGUCGUGCGACAAAAGCUACAAAGACCCGGCCACGCUACGGCAGCACGAGAAGACGCACUGGCUGACCCGGCCCUAUCCGUGCACCAUCUGCGGGAAGAAGUUCACGCAGCGCGGGACCAUGACGCGCCACAUGCGCAGCCACCUGGGCCUCAAGCCCUUCGCCUGCGACGCGUGCGGCAUGCGCUUCACGCGUCAGUACCGCCUCACCGAGCACAUGCGCAUCCACUCCGGCGAGAAGCCCUACGAAUGCCAGGUGUGCGGUGGCAAGUUCGCCCAGCAACGCAACCUCAUCAGCCACAUGAAAAUGCACGCCGUGGGUGGCGCGGCGGGAGCGGCCGGGGCGCUGGCGGGCCUGGGGGCGCUCCCCGGCGUCCCCGGCCCCGACGGCAAGGGCAAGCUCGACUUCCCCGAGGGCGUCUUUGCGGUGGCGCGCCUCACGGCUGAACAGCUGAGCCUGAAGCAGCAGGACAAGGCGGCCGCGGCCGAGCUGCUGGCCCAGACCACGCACUUCCUGCACGACCCGAAGGUGGCGCUCGAGAGCCUCUACCCGCUCGCCAAGUUCACAGCGGAGCUGGGCCUCAGCCCCGACAAGGCGGCGGAGGUACUGAGCCAGGGCGCGCACCUGGCCGCCGGCCCCGACGGCCGGACCAUCGACCGUUUCUCCCCCACCUAGAGCGCCUCUCGUCCGCCCGCCUAGUCGCCGCCGCCGCCGCGCGGCCCGGGCCCGCGCCCCCAGGGAGUAGCGGCGGCGGCGGCGGCGGCGGCGGCCACCAGCAGGCAGGCAGGCAGGCAGGCAGGCAGGCAAGCACGCACCCCGCGCCCGGACGACUCUCGUAGCAGGGGCAGCGUCGCCGCAGGGGCGGCGGCCACACCUCGCUGCGGCCUCACCUGGCCUCACUGCUUUGUGCCUUAACCCGGGGUGGGGGUGGGGGGAACCCCGGGACGGGGGUGGGAUGGGGGACGGGAGAUUUAUAUUUUUGAUAUCAGCUUUGACCAAAGGAGACCCCUGGCCCUUCUCCGCCUCUUCCUGUGGUUCGUUGGCCCCCUCCCUCGGCUCCGUGCUGCUCUUGGGGGGAGGGGUGUCACUGUUGGGGCGCUCCCAGCCCUACCUCCGGCCCUUGCGACUACACCCAUUCUCACUGUGAAUCUCCCUGCUGGGGUCGGAGCGUCGGGCAGAGCUGGGGAGCGGGGAGGGGACUGAGCCGGCCGGAGGGCCCCCCCGCCCCCGCCCCCCGCCCGCCCCGGGACUGAUAAUGUGAAGUUCCUCAUUUUGCACAAGUGGCACUAGCCCCAGGGCCAACCCUUCCCUCCCUCUGGAGUCAGAGGGCUGAGGCGGCCCUGGCCUACCCAGUCUCCCACCACUCUCGCGGUGGUCCCUCCUCCCUUCCCUGGGGCCCCGGACCAUAUUUAUUGCAUGCGCCCCGGGUGGCCCCCCACCCCGAGCCCAGGCUGGGCUGGGCUGGAACGUGGUCUCUUUAGCUCCCUCCUCCUCGUUUGUAUUAUUUCCUACCUUGUACACAGGCUCUUCCAGAGCCGCUUCCAUUUUCUAUACUCGAACCAAACAGCAAUAAAGCAGUAACCAAGGA